AUGAAGCUCCUCGCUGGUCUCGUUAGCGUGCUGCCUUUGGCAUCCGCGGCAGCCGUCACUCCUCUCGAAAAGAAAAUCACAUACGAGGGCUUCAAGGCUUUCCGGAUCGCAACGCACGAUGACGCGGCCUCUAUCAAGGCACGGAUUGCCAACAUCGCUGCCAUUCCUUUCAACCUGGACAACAGCGAGCACUUGGACGUAGCUAUCCCUGCUGAAGACGUCCCGAAGUUCGAGAAGCUAGGCCUUGAGACCACCGUCUUACAUGAGGAUCUUGGUUACGACAUCGCCCAGGAGGGUGAUUUCACCCCCUACGAGAGAAAUGCCGAGGCCACUUUGCAGGCUCUGCCUAACCCCUCGUGGUUCAACUCCUACCACACCUUUGCAGAUCAUCAGCAAUUCAUCCGUGAUCUGCAGGCUGAAUUCUCCUCCAACUCGGAGCUGAUCAACGCUGGUACCUCUUACGGCGGACGCUCUAUCUUGGGAAUCCACCUCUGGGGUAGCGGCGGCAAAGGCUCCAAGCCUGCCAUCUACUGGCACGGUACCGUCCACGCCCGCGAGUGGAUCACCACCAUGGUUGUGGAAUAUCUGGUUUACCAGAUUAUCGACGGUUACCAGAAGAACGAUGCAACCGUGAGGGCGAUUCUGGACAAAUAUGACAUCUAUGUGCUGCCAAUCGUCAAUCCCGAUGGUUUCGCCUACUCUCAAACCAAUGACCGCUUGUGGCGAAAGAACCGUCAGCCCAGAUCAGGCAGCACCUGCAUCGGCACUGACAUCAACCGAAACUGGCCAUUCAACUGGCAACUCCCGGGUGGUGCCUCCACCAGCCCCUGCUCCGAGACGUACAAGGGCCAGGCUGCCGGUGAUACCCCCGAGAUGGUUGCCCUGAAGCGUUUCACCGACAGCCUCGCCGCAGGCCGCGGGAUUAAGCUCUUCAUCGAUUGGCACAGCUACGGCCAGUACAUCCUGCUCCCCUACGGCUACGACUGCUCUGCCCGCGCCUCCAACCAUGCCCGCCAGAUGACCCUGGCCGGCAACACCGCCUCCACCAUCGCUCAAGCUUACGGCACCCGUUUCACUUACGGCCCUAGCUGUUCGACGCUGUACGCGACCACUGGCAGUGCUCCUGACUAUCUCACCGGCGCUGCUGGCGCUGAGGUCGCGUGGACGAUUGAACUGAGGCCUUCGGGUUCUGCUGGAGGUGGUUUUGUUUUGCCCGCUGCGCAAAUCCUCCCUAGUGCCAUCGAACAGUGGAACGGCAUCAAGUACCUGCUUGCCAACGUUUAG